AUGGGUUGCGGAGCCUCCGUGGAGCCAGGAAAAGCCGACUCUGCCGAAACAUCGUUAAAGGCUCCGCAGGGACCGGCGGUCCCAGUGGAUCCGUCGAAGUUUACAAGCGUUUGCAAGAAGGCAGAGGGUCAGAGAGCCACCUGGCUUGCUGCCUCACAGUUGCUCGUUAUCUCGGGCGACAAUGAAGCGGAGGUGCAUCCUCUCGAAGUGCUCGAUCUGACGACGACCACCUUCCAGGAGGUUGGCUCGCUGAAGGGCCUCGCUUGGCCGCUGGUCACUGCCAGCCGCGACCGGCAGCUCUACGCAGCGGUCGCCGGGCUCGAGGUGCAGGUGCGGAGCUCCGCAACGCACGAGACGAAGCUGACGCUGAGCGUGCCUGGCCAGGGCGCGGCCUAUGUCUCCAACCUGGAGUUCAGCCCAGACGGCCGGCACUUGGCGGCUGUUGUGGACAAUGUUUCUACCGUCUACGACAUGGAGGGCAAUCCCGUGCUCACCGUGGAAGGGGAGAAGCGGACCAUGACUGCAUGCUGGUACGAUGCGGACACUUUGCUCUCCAUGAACGAGUGGAUCAUCUACUACCACACGCUGAGCUCGAAGGAGCUGCUGAACAAGUGGGAACUCCCCCAGGGCACCGUCGCCGAAGCGCAUGUGAGCAAGGACAAGAAGCUCCUUGUCUCAGACGACAACGCCCACCUGAAGUUGCUGGCGUGGGAGCCGGACAUGAAGGCUUUCGAGACCUUGCAGACGUUUGAUGCUCCACCGGGGAAUUAUAGCGGCCCAAGCAACCUCGUCGUGUUCUCCGAUGAGCGGUCGGUGCUUUACGAGCCGGGUGGCGGAGGGAACUUCCGCUAUCAUAACCUCGAGACCGGUGAGAUCCUCACCGUCCCUCGCGGAGAGGGUCCGGAAGAGGGUCUCCCUUCUGUCCCCGGGCUGCAGCGUGAGGGUUUAGGGUUUAGGGUUUAG